UGUGAUAUUGACGACCAAUGAAAACGGGGCGAGUGCAAGUUCUUUGAGAGAUAAAAAUGAAUCCUUCCGGUUUGUUGGUUACAGGCCUUCAGCCUUCAGCUUCGUAAAGACCAGCGGAGUGGUUGUAAAGUCGAAGAACAGCUGAACGGAUAGAAUGGUGAAAAUGUUACUUUAAUGUGUGUGCACUUCCUCGAAUUGGAAAUUCAACAUAAAUUUUGCUCUACUGCUCCUGGAAAAUUGGCUUCGUUUGUGCACAUCACAAGUUUCAGUGUUAUGAAGCGCUUAUGUUAUGUUUUGAAACCUUGGACACGGAUUGGUUUUUCUCACUGGCUUUCAUUUGCCAUUGCUCUAUGUCUAAUUUGUGGAUCCUUUGGUGCAAAUGAUGAGGAAAUACUUAAAGUUGACGUCGUGGCUGGGAGUAACCCUUCUGCAAAUCCAAACUUAAUUGCCAGACAGGACUCUGUGUCAAAUGAUCAGCACAGACAUGGAGGUAAAAGUUCUCCAGUGGGUAGCGGUAGCAGCAAUAAAGCAGACAUUAUUGACUGCCACGACAAGGCCCCCGAUGAGUGCGAGCGGGAUCGGCUAGGCCUGGAGGCUAUACGCGUGCUGCAUCUCAUGCUAGACGACGACCACAACGGAAAUGUGGACCAGUCCGAGAGUGAUGAGUUCCUUCGGGACGAGCUGCAGUACACGGACGGCUUUGAGCGGCAGGCUCUCUUCCACAACAACGACAAGCUCAUCUCUGUGGACGAUCUCUGGACCGCCUGGAAGUACUCCAAGGUGUACAACUGGACAGUGGAUGAUGUGGUGGAGUGGCUGGCCCAGGAUGUGGACUUGCCCAUGUACGUGCAGGUGUUCCACAGUCACAACAUUGAUGGCUCCUACCUGCCCAG